CGGGCUUUUUCUCCCCCUGCACUCACUGACUGAGCUUCAAGGACCACUAGCACAACUUUCACCGAUAGGCAGGAGAAGACCUUACUACGUAACGUAGACAUAGAAGCACUAUAGUCUGAGUACGCUUGCUCGGUCGUCUCUCUCCGCCCUUCUUUAUCUCGAAAGGGAACCACGGCUCUAGGCCAGUUAUCCCAAGGUUUCCCGCUCGCCAUGAAGACUUUCACGGCGCUGGCCUCGCAAAGGUCCCUCAGGGGCGUCCUUUCCGUUAAGCUUUUCCUUUCCGCUAGACUCGGAGCUCGCUCCCUCUCAGUAGCUCCAGUGCGAGCUUCCUCUGCUCACCUCUCAAAGGCUUGCAGCAACGCUGGUCGUCAUGGCAUUUUGUUGCGGAACUUCAGCGUCGGAGCUCGCUCACUGCAGUCGACACCAGCUCUGCAGGACUUGGAAGACGAGGUUUUGGACUCUAUCAACCGUAGAGGGGACAAGGCCGUAGAUCUGGAGGAUUUGGAGUCGCGGGUGGCUGCGGCCCAAAAGCAGAGCAGUCGGCCGAUUUUCGAGGACGACGAGGAGCUUGUGUUCGAAGAGGAGGCCCAGGAGGACAUCCCAGAGAACGCCAAUGCGACGUUCGACUCCUUGGCGCUGAGCGAACCCACGCUGGCAGCGAUGAAGCACAAUUUUAAAUUCAAACACGCUUCUCCCGUCCAGGAAGCCGUGUUGAAGCUGCUACCCACGGACAAGGACCUGCUCGUGCGGGCCAAGACGGGGACCGGGAAGACGCUAGCGUUCUUGAUCGCUGCCCUGGAAUCCGCCAUCGCGCGCAAGGAAGGGCAGAGGUUCAAGGGUGACAGGAUCACCGUGCUGUGCAUCUCCCCAACCCGUGAGCUCGCCUUCCAGAUCACCGCCGAAGCCGAGAAGCUGCUGCGGCCCCACAACUACCGCGUGAAACACGCCGUCGGAGGCGAGAAGCGGCUCCGCCAACUCGACGGUCUCGAGCAAAGCCGCGUCGAUUUCCUCGUCGCGACCCCCGGCCGGCUCCUCGACCUCCUGCAAGGCUCCGCGCACCUCCGCGAGAAGCUCAUGGGAAUAGAGACCCUCAUCUUCGACGAAGCCGACCAGCUCCUCGAAAUGGGUUUCAAAGACGAGAUCGAGAAAAUCGCCGCCUUCCUCCCUAGCACCCGCCAAACCUUCAUGUUCUCCGCCACCCUCUCCAAGCAAAUCAAAGCCACCGCGCGAUACGUCCUCAAACCCUCCUACGAUUACGUCGACACCGUCCCCGAAAACGACGUCCCCACGCAUGUCACCGUCAAACAAACUUACAGCAUUGUACCGUACUCGCAGCAACUGCCGGUCCUGUACGACGUGAUCCGCAAGCACCUCGACGCCAACCCGACCGCCAAAAUCAUCGUCUUCUUCCCGACCACCCGUAUCGUUGCCUACCUCGCCCGCGCCUUCAACGAGCUCCGGCGGAUGGAUGUCCUCGAACUGCACUCCAAACUCGACCAAAACCAGCGCAGUAAAGUCGCUCACAAGUUCCGUCGGGCCACGUCCAGCGUUCUGUUCACGUCGGACGUCUCGGCGCGGGGUGUCGACUAUCCCGGCGUCACGCUGGUCAUCCAGAUGGGCGCCCCGGGAUCCAUCGACUCGUACAUCCACCGUAUUGGCCGAACAGGUCGUGCAGGCGCAACAGGUGAAGGUCUCCUCAUCCUCUCCGCCUACGAACGCGGCUUCCUGAACGCGUUGAAGGACGAGGUCCCGAUCAAGCUGAACGUGGACAUGAAGGAUGCGGAUGUCGAUGACGAGAUAUUAGCAAAGAUCCGCGUCGCGCAGAAGAGGGCUGAGCCGGGGUUAGUCAGGGAGUGCUAUUCUGCUUAUAUUGGACACUUACGACAAAACUCCCAACUCCUCCGCCUCAACCCCGCCACGCAAAGGCAAGCCAUCGACGACUUCACCUCCGGCGUCCUCGGCCUCUCCGAGCCGCCCGUCCGCGGCGGGUUCGACGCGUACCCCCAACCCGCCCGCCAGCCCUUCCAGCAGCGCAGGUAUAGGGACGAUGAUAACUCGUUCUUUGGCGGGGGCGGGGGUGGGGAUGACGGGUAUGUUGCGGAGAGGAGUGGGCCGAGUGGACCGAAGAGGCGGAGUGGGGAUGCGAGGGAUAGAGGGGGGAAGACCCAGAGUUGGAUGGGGAGGGGGUCUCAAGGGAGGAGGUAGACGGAGGCUUGCGUCUUUGUCAGAUGGGAUAGUAGCUAGGCCCCGUAUAUAGCCUUUUUUGUCCCCCGAUCUUUAUAUUUAUUCACGCAUAGCACCAGGGGAUGACGGAGAGGUAUUGCAUAGCGCAGGGAGAUGCAUUUUGUAUGUAUUAUGUACACUGUAUGUAAGGAGAUGUGGUCCUACUCUGUAUGUAGUGGGAAAGCGGGGGUCGUUCGGUAUAUAAUGCAUAUGCAGUGACCUUCUUCGAAUUGCGAAUGAAGCUGUCGUGAGGUGUGCUACGCCCAUGGGGGUACGUCCAAGCAACCCUCCGGGCGUCAUACAUGAGCCGGCAUCUGUCGUCUACGCCACCCUCCCGUCCGUCGCAAGUAUUAAAUCUCGACCUCUCUACGCCCCCACCCCGGUCGCCCCAACCUCCUCC